AUACGAGAUGCGCAUCCGCCGUUGUAAUAGACCCUGCUAUAAAUACGCGCUCCUCGUACUGUGAUUCUCGUUUUGUGUUUUGAACCCCCUUCUACCACUGCAGUUUGCGUGUUUUCGUCGAGAGAAAACAGUAUGUGAUACUUUGAGAUCUAAUGAAGAAGUAUCUUGCACUUGCAGAUGGCCCGUACCAAGCAGACUGCACGAAAAUCUACUGGAGGAAAGGCUCCUAGGAAGCAGCUUGCAACCAAGGCUGCCCGGAAGUCUGCUCCGACAACUGGAGGUGUGAAGAAGCCACAUCGAUACCGCCCAGGAACUGUUGCCCUACGUGAAAUCCGGAAAUAUCAGAAGAGCACAGAGCUCCUGAUUAGGAAGCUGCCAUUCCAGAGGCUGGUCCGUGAAAUUGCACAGGACUUCAAGACGGAUCUGCGUUUCCAGAGCCAUGCUGUGCUUGCAUUGCAGGAGGCUGCAGAGGCAUAUCUGGUGGGGCUAUUUGAGGACACGAAUCUGUGUGCAAUUCAUGCCAAGCGGGUGACGAUCAUGCCCAAGGACAUACAACUGGCCAGAAGGAUUCGUGGUGAGAGGGCUUGAUCGUAUCUCCAUGAUCAUGCAUACCCUCUUCCCAGACUCUUCAAUCUUCCGCAUGUAUUGUGCUGAGAGUGCAAUUGAUGCUCUUUGGCAGGAAAGGGGGAACCAGAGGAACUUAAAUGUUUUUCUUUUCCUUUAUUUUGUUUUUUUUUAAAAGCUCUGGGUAAAAAUUUGCCUCUUAAUUUGUUUGAUUUUGUGCAAUGUUAGAUGACAGACCUCUGAUCUGACUAAAAAAAUUAAACAGAUUGCCCAUAUUUAAUUCUAUAUUUUGCAAUUGAAUCUCGACUGUUCUUUAA